AUGGCAGUACCGCAAGAACCAUUAAAUAGUGAUGCAGAAGAAAACUCUCACCAAGUUUCUUCACAAAAAGUGGUCAGAACAAAAGCUCAGAAAAAUUGCAGCUCACCAAUACCGGUAGAAGAGUAUUUACGCGUUACCCUAACUGCAUUUGAUAAGAACAGACGCGACCCGGUCUUUAAGCUAAGAAUUACAACAAACGUGGCAAAUUAUAAGAAGAGCACAUAUCCCCUAGUUGAGCGUACUUAUAAUGAAUUUGAACGACUGUACAAUUCGUUAGCUUAUGGAAAUCCAGAAUGCAUUGUACCUGCGUUACCAUUUGCUACCAGUAGUUUUCAGGCAACAGAAGAAGAUGAAAGGCGAAUCAAAAGUGCUAUGCAACAAUGGAUAAAUCGUAUUACUAGUAAUCCUUAUCUAAGACACGACGAAGACCUUAAAUCUUUCAUCGAGACUGACUUUGCCGCAAGAAGAGACGAAGAUGAAGAAUUAGCUAGCGCGAGAGCGAUUGCAAAUACUUUAGAAGCUCACUUGCUCGAAAAUGCGCGGGCCGUACAAAAAUUAGCUAAAAUUCGAAAAGGACUAGCGAUAUGCACGGCUGAUCUUGGAGCUAAAGCUAUUGGUAUGGGAACAGUUGAAAAGCAUCCUCCUCUAUCAAGUGGUCUACGAAAACUCGGAAAGACGUUGCAAAUAGUCAGCGAGCUGCAACAAUUACAAGCAAUGAGUGAAGCUGCAGCUCUUGGUGAUUUCUUUAAUUAUUACGCGGUGAAUGCUCAUAUUGUUAGGGAAACACUGACGAAUCGUCUUCGAAUAAUAGCUGAUUUUGAAUCAGCAGUGAAAACUACGGAGAGCAAGCGUCGAUACAUAGAACGUCUAAAAUCUUCCACGCAAAUAAAAUCUGACCGAGUGGACGAGGCAUUAACAGAUUUGGAAGAAGCACAGAAUUAUGAAGCAACACUUGGCGCACGUGUCAAUCAUGUUACCAAAAACCUUCAUAAUGAGCUGGUGACAUACGAAGAGAAUCGCACCCAAGAUUUCUUGAGUGCGUUCAAGGAAUAUGUCAAAAAGCAAAUUCUUUUCGAGAAACAACAAUUGAAAGAAUGGGAAAAUUUACGACCGGAUAUAAAUGCUAUUACUAAGCGUAACAUGCGUGUGCAUACUAUAUGCGACGAGGAAUUAGAUGCACGUGCCAUCGCUGAGCGUCUUAGCACCUAUAUGUAA